CGACGAUUCCACCUUAAAUCCUCUUUUCCUACAGACAUGUCGGAUCCCCAUCAUAAAAACCAACCGUUGUAGAGCCGUUUGUUUCUCCGUUUAUCAAACAUACGAAGGAGAGAAAACAGAGGAGCAAAACAAGGGAAAGGUUUGAGCGGAGGUAAAAUCAGAAGAAACCCAGAUGGCCCAAGCCGAGGUUUCUCAAGAAAAGGAACCAUCCAAGGAUGUCAAAGAUGAAGGUGUCGUAAGUGGAGACAAGAAAGUUUGGGAAGAAAAUGGCGAAUCCACGAAAGAUGGUGAGUCUUACGCAGACAAUGUGACGGAGGAGAAGAAAAUUGAAGUUGAAAAGGGAGGAGAGACUUCGUCAUCUGAUGUUAAUGAGAAAACAGAUUCAUCUAAGGAAGAGAUCGAUUCACCUAUUGGCUUGAAAGAGAAUGAGAAGAAGGCGUUCAUCGAGCUUAGAUCGAAGCUUGAAGAAGCCAUUAUAACGAAUAAAUUAUUCAAGGAAAAGAAGGAACAAAAGAAGAGAUCGACGACAAGGUGAAAUCAAGCGAAGAAAAGUUGAAGAAGCAAGAUGGAGAAGAUGAAGAAAAAAAUGCACAAGAAGGAGAAGAGAAGAGAGAAGAUAAAAACCCCACAAAUGGAGAAAAUCAAGGCAAUGAAAAAUCGAAAUUCGAUGAAGAAGGCACAAAAGAGAAAACCCAUGAGGGUGUUGAAGAAAAAGUGGUUGACGUUAGUAAGGACAUCAGCCUUUGGGGUGUACCCUUAUUGCCAAGCAAGGGAGAUAAGGGCACGGAUGUUAUACUUUUGAAGUUCUUGAGGGCAAGAGACUUUAAAGUCGACGAUACCUUUGAGAUGAUUAGGAAUACCCUUCAAUGGAGGAAGGAAAAUAAAAUGGAUUCUAUAUUGGACGAGGAUUUGGGGGCUGAUUACGAGUCCGUGGCCUACAUGAGUGGCGUAGACCGUGAAGGCCACCCUGUCUGUUACAACGUUUAUGGAGUUUUUGGGGAUGAUGAUACAUAUAACAAGACAUUUGGAAGCGAAGAGAGCCGCCAGAAGUUUCUGAGGUGGAGGUUACAAUUGAUGGAGAAGGAGAUUCAGAAGCUUGAUUUCAAGCCUGGAGGUGUGUCCUCAUUGCUACAAAUCAAUGAUCUCAAUAAUACCCCUGGACCCUCCAGGAAGGAUCUUCGUCUCGCCACCAAACAAGCUGUGGCGCUUCUCCAGGACAAUUAUCCUGAAUUUGUUGCUAGAAACAUCUUCGUCAAUGUUCCUUUCUGGUAUUAUGCCUUUAAUGCGCUUCUUUCGCCUUUCUUGACCCAAAGAACCAAGAGUAAAUUUGUCUUCACUCGGCCAGCCAGGGUUACAGACACCCUUCUCAAGUACAUUGCCGCUGAGGAAAUUCCUGUCCACUAUGGAGGGCUGAAGCGGGACAAUGAUACCGAGUUUUCUACUAAAGAUGCUGUUUCAGAGGUCGCAGUUAAGGCUGGAUCAAGUGAAACUAUUGAGAUCCCUGCACCAGUGGCUGGAACUACUUUGAUCUGGGACCUAACUGUCUUGGGUUGGGAAGUGAACUACAAAGAGGAAUUUGUUCCAACUGACGACGGGUCUUACACCAUAAUUGUCCAGAAGGGACGGAGGAUGGGUUGGCAAGAAGGAUCAGUACGCAACUCUUUCAGGAACAAUGAGCCUGGGAAGGUUGCGUUCACUAUCGAGAAUGCAUCAUUCAAGAAGAAGCGAGUAUUGUAUCGAUUCAAAACUAAGAAUAGUUCCUCCUCCUCUUAAGACAAGUAUCACAAUGUUGCAAUGGUUUAAUUGAUCUGGCUGGACAAACUGGUGCUCCAUUUUGAUACUAUAUUUGGUGUCUUCAAAGAGGUUUACGAGUGAGACUAUUGCUGAGACGGUGUAAGGGUUGCUAGUACACAGAAUAACUAUAUUGUUUUGGUAAUAUUCUGUAAUUUCCUUAAUCCAGUUUUGGCGUUAUUCCAUUUGGGUGAAAGGGAAAAUUCCUCCAUUAGCAUACAUCGCAAGAAGACUCGAG